CAAAUGUCAAUGUCAUACAAAGAAAAUUGCGUCGCUCGCCCGCUCGUCUGAAAUGUGAUUAUUGUGGAUUUUGUUCCAGAAAAAUGUUCAACAAAGUUUUACAACGAGCUUUUAGGUUCCGUAUAAAGAAAAGUUAUCCCACAAAUAUUUACGAUCUGAAUCGAGGGUCUACUAUAGCCGUGCGCAGGCCUUAUUCCGACGAAGUGAGAAGAGCGCAAGCGCAAAGCGUCGCUGCGCCUGGGCCGACGAUUUUCGACAAAAUCAUUUCAAAAGAGAUCAAAGCUGAUAUUAUUUACGAAGACGAUCAUUGUUUGGCCUUCAAUGAUAUAUCUCCGCAAGCUCCGGUCCACUUUUUGGUGAUUCCGAAGCGCAGAAUCGCUAGACUUCAAGAUUCGGAGGAUAACGACAAGGAGAUACUUGGCCAUCUGUUACUAGUGGCCCGUUCUCUGGGCUCCCAGCGAGCCCCGUCCGGCUGGAGGCUCGUGAUUAACAAUGGUCGAGAUGGAGCACAGUCCGUGUAUCAUCUACACAUCCAUGUAAUGGGAGGCAGACAGAUGGGGUGGCCACCAGGCUAAUAGGUGAAAAGACCAAUCUUACACGUCCUUAAUCACAUGAUGUUUUUUUUUUGCAUUUUUGACACCCCCCCCUCACCCCUCGGUGAUACAUGGCGACGAUUUAAGACUAACCCCCCAGAAUCAGGUGUAUUUUUCAGUAAUUACAAAUAAAUUAUAUUAUAAACUACUAGCUCCGCUCCGGGGAUUCGCUCCCGUGGGAAAUUCGGGAUAAAAGUAGCAUAUGUGUUAUUCUAGUUUAUUUUCUACCCGUGUACCAAAUUUCAUAACAAUCGGUCCAUUAGAUAACAAACUUACUUUCGCAUUUAUAAUAUUGAUUGGGAUCUUUAAAUAAAGGCAUAUCGCAUAUACGCUUUUCAGUUUACAAAUCACACGUUUCGGCGCGCGAUAUCUUAGUAUACCCCCACCCACCCUUUGAUAUUUCGUGAUAUUUGUUAAACCCUUUCAUGCGUCACGCGAUUAAUGGACGUGUUUUAAUUUCAACGGGUCACCAAGUCUCCUAGGUUCCUCAUAACAGUCAUCCAAAGAUUUCCCUUGAAGGAUGGGUUGCACCGUCUUUGACAUUAACUUUAACGUGCAUUUUGUCUAAACGUCAGCGGCGGCGCAACUCACCCAAAUUAUUAGCACUGUUUCAUUUGACAUGAUUCAAAAGAGGGCAAACAGGAAGACACAUAAAAAGAAAGUGCAAGGGAAAAUGCACUCUACAUUUUUUAAACAUUAUUUAUUUAAAACUAAGUCUACCGCCGACUUCCAAAGCGCAGGUGAAGCAGAAGCGGCGCAACAAACCCCUUCAGUUCACUGCAUCCCUUUCUGUAUGUCGGUCGGAUACAACUAAAUUUGAUAUGUUUAUUGGGUCCCAUUGCUUCGUUGCGCUCUGCUUCAAUUGCGCCGUUGAUGUGUAUAGGUUUUGACGUUGUAACUUAAUACAAUUUCUAUGUUGUUAUUCUUGAUUCGUCAAACGUAACGUAGAACGACUGGCCUGGCUCUUAAAUCUGCUUCCAGAAGUAGCAAAUUUACUCAGUUUUGAGACAUUGUCAAGUUUUUUUUAUGGUUUUUCUUUUCGUGAACAUUUUUCAUGUUUUUAAUUUUUCCUAAAUUAGACACAAGUUGAUAUUAAAUAUAUUUUUUUCUCUACUUACAGUCAGCUCAUCCAAAUAAUACAAUAAGUAUAUUACAUAAUUUUAAAAAAUACGUUUUUUCGUACGUAGCCAGUGAAAAAGUCCAAAAUUUAAUUGCUCAAUUGUCCCAAAAAAUAUUGAAUAAGAUAUUUAUUUUUAACAUUCCCUAAACUUUUUUUUUACGCUAAAAGCUAUGGUAUGUAUUUUUUGUUUUGCCAAAAAGAUAUUUUACCAAAUAUAUGUGCCAUUUAAUAACACUGAAAAUAUAUCCAAAAUCCUAUCUUGACUAUUUAUUUAUAGCCAUGUUAUAGGAUGUAUCAAUUAGUAUUUUUAAUUAUUAAGCAUAAAUUAAUUUUAAAUUACAGGAGAAGAAAUCACAAAAAUAUUUGUAUUGCAUGAAGAUUUUUUUUUCAAAUAUAUUUACAACACAAAAAAUUAAAAAAGAAAUAAAUUACAGCAUUAACAAAACUAAAAUUUAAAUUGUAAAUAUCUACAAAUUAAAUAAUUCUUCGAGCGUGUCUAAUCGAGGUAGGAUACCAAGAAUGCUGCAUUUCCUCGCUGAGUGCGGAAGCUUUUGGUUCUGGAGACUCGUUGCCUCGAUCAAACACGCCGACAAGUCUUUGAAUUUUAUGUCAAUUUAUAUUCAGUGUCAUAUUAAAUGCCAUUGAUAGAUUAGUUAUGAUUUUAGUGCAAUAAUUUUUGGCCAAAUCGUUUUAAGUUAGAAUAAGAAUCAAAAUAUAUUUAUUGGUAUGUAAUUUUACUUGAGCAAAUAAUGUUGUCCAAUAUUUCAGUUCAUUUCUGUUUUUAUCUUUGAAAAUAUUCACCAUAUUAUUUGGAUAGAUACAGAAAUGCCAAUAUAUAAUAUUUGCGGAAUGAUUUUUAUCAAUUUCAAAUCUUGAAAAUGACACAAAUAUAACGAAUCUUGCCUAAUAAUGCAAUUGAUGCAUUUCGUAAACUUAUGUAUUUCGAUUUGUCAAAUUUUAAUACAAAUUAUUAAACAAAGUGAAGAAAAAUUUUGGCGUUGUGUCCUGUUGGCUGGCAACACUUGGCUGCAAUACCUACAGUAUUGCAAUGACUAAAAAUGUAGUUCGUUAAAAAUGUUUUACACAUUAUUGACAGACUAUGCGAUAUAUGGUUUAUUUUAUAUACGGUUAAAUGUUAAAAGCCAGUAAUGUUGUUAUAGUUACGGUAGUUAUGGAGGUCACAAAGGAAAAGUGCCACAGUUUGGAGCUGUUAACACACGGACCGUUUGGCAUGUUUUCAAUCAUUCACACAAUCUCAGAAAUAAAACAAAAAUCUCGUAUAUGGAAAUCAUAAUGAACACUAGUAUUAGUUACAUAGUGAUACUUAAUAGUCAAGAUAAAUUUAAAAUUUAUACCGGCGAAUAUGAAACGUAAAAUAUUUUUAAAUAAUUGUUUUACGGUAAACAAAACAUGCGGUUUUUUUUUCUUCUGAAAAUUGCGUUUUAAUAUUUGGUAGGUCCGAAGACCUGUUAAUAACCAAUCGGUGCAUAUGAAUCGUUUGUAUAUUGUGUCUCGAUUCUGUGCGAUCGAGGGAUAUUAAAACUGUUUAUCUUUUUUAAACGUAGUAAUGCCUAUUUAUAUAUGUCGAGGUUUUAGUAUUUUCACAUUUUUUUAUCAAUUUGUAUGACAGAAAGAUACUCAUAUACCACUUAUAAUAUUAAUCCAUUAACAGGACCUACCUCACUAAUAAAUCUUUAAAAUCUCUUACAAUCUAGAGAUAAGUGUAAAUUAAGAAUAAUUAAAAAUUAUAUAACCGAAUUAGCAUUUGUCGUAUCAUAUCCGUUUUGAAUUUUACAAAAAGACUUGUAUAAUAUAUAUUUUUUUAAUUAGAUUUUUAUUAUGAAAAUAGACUUAUGUCAGUAAUUCACAUACAUUAAGUAAUGCGAAAUUACAAGUAUUUAUUUUUUAUUUGUAAAAAAAAAUAACUGUCACAAAAUAACAUAUAAUAGAAAUUUUCAAAUUUUAUUUCAAAUAUAUUUUUUGACCGAACCAUUAUCUCUAGCUUGUAAGAAGUGUCUAGAAUCUCAGGAUUUUAGUUUAAUUAAAUAAAAUCUAGUCAAACUUAGUCCGCGUUGAUUGUACAGCAACAAACUGUGGUGUUAGCAUAGGGGAAUACGACGAGGACGUACAGAAAAAUAUAUCAUUACACAAUUAAUUUAUGAUUUGUUAUCAGAUUUUGAAAAUUCCUAACCUUAAAAUACUUUUUUUUAAUUUUUCCUUUCGAUAUGAUUACUGUAACAAUUAGAAAUUACCGUUUUAAAAAUUUUGGAAAACAAUCUAAAUUUAAGUGGAAUAUAAAACAUUUUGUAUAAAAAGUCGCGUAUUCCUGUACAGAUUACAGAAUGGUACAAUGCUUGUUUUUAUUAUUUUAUUAAUUUAGUUAUUACUUUUUACUGUUACUUAUUUUUUGCAUUGGAGUAGAAAUAUAAUUUGAUUCGAUUUAUAUUAAUUACUUGUUAAUAUUUCAAAAUUUUGUCAAUUUUAACAAUUAAUUUAUAUAAAAAAUGAACAUUUCAUUGUAGGUAUUACAAUGUAAAAAAAUAUAUACUUUUCAAUUUUUAUUUUAAAUGUAGUAUAUGGUUGUGGGCACGUCGUGUGUGUUAGUUUGUUUAAAUUUAACGUUUAAACUCACUUUAACAAACAACGAUGUUAACUGUUGUUUAGAAUUUAGCCUGUGUUUAAAUUCUGUAACCAAAGGUUUUAUUAAAUGGUUUUAUUAUUGGUUA